UGACGUUUCACAUUGCGGAAGUAAAAAUGACCAACAUGGACAGCAGCGAGCCAGGAAGUCUGGAUCAGGUGAAGCACGUGGUUCUGGUUUUGUCUGGUAAAGGUGGAGUGGGUAAAAGCACCAUUACUACUGAACUUGCCCUGGCGCUCAGACAUUCAGGACAUAAGGUUGGUAUCCUGGAUGUGGAUUUGUGUGGACCCAGUAUACCACGGAUGCUGAGCGUUGGAAAGCCGGAGGUACAUCAGUGUGACGCGGGGUGGGUGCCGGUAUAUGCAGACCCACAACAGCAGCUGGCACUCAUGUCCAUCGGCUUCCUAAUGGAGGAUCCUGAUGAGGCCGUCGUGUGGAGGGGACCUAAGAAGACAGCUCUGAUUGGGCAGUUUGUGAGUGAUGUGGCGUGGGGUGAAUUAGACGUGCUGUUAGUGGACACACCUCCGGGAACAUCAGACGAACACUUGGCUGUGCUUGAGAACCUGCGCAAACACAAAGUGGACGGAGCCGUGCUGGUCACUACACCACAGGCAGUGUCUACAGGUGACGUGAGGCGUGAGAUCACCUUCUGUAAGAAGACAGAUGUGAAGAUUCUUGGCAUCGUGGAGAACAUGAGCGGCUUUGUGUGUCCACACUGCUCUGAGUGCAGUAAUAUCUUUUCCAAAGGUGGAGGUGAGGAACUGGCCAAACUCACAGGAUCUGUGUUUCUAGGCUCAGUACCGCUGGACCCGUUAUUGACAGCAAGUUUAGAAGAGGGCCGAGACUUCCUGCAGGCUUUCCCACAAAGCAGCACAUACACGGCCAUCAGUGAUAUAGCAAAGACUCUCCUGAGCAGCCUGGAGUCCUGAGACAACACUGUAAACACAACACGUGACACGUUCAGUCGAGUCCAUCAUGUCUGAUGUGUUACAGUGUUCUGUUCAGUGUUUGGUUCUGUUAAUAAACAACAGCAUAUUUUUGUUUUUCAUUUGCGAAUGAAAAGUUACACAGCAGAACAGACGUCUGCUUAGUGUCUGGACAUUUCUAAGCUGUAAAAUUAUGUAUCUGUCAGUUUUGCGAUUGUGAAAAAAUUAUUUGUAUUAAUAAUACAAUGCGUUAUAUUUGUGCAACUUUCAAAUAAAAAUGAAGUAUUUACC